GGGGGAGCCGAGGGGAGGGCGCGGGCCGGAGGAGGGGCGGACCCGCCCGCUCCGCCCGCGGCGCCGCGCCGAGCCAAGCCGAGCGGCCCCGGCUGGGCGCGACCCCGGCCGGCGGCGGCGCAGAAAGCAGGCGGAGGCGUGGGCCAUGCUGCGGCUGGCGCUCGCCGGGGCCAGAGCCAUCGUGGACAUGUCGUACUCCCGCCACUUCCUGGACUUCCAGGGCUCGGCCAUCCCCCGCGCCAUGCAGAAGCUGGUGGUGACCCGGCUGAGCCCCAACUUCCGCGAGGCCGUCACCCUGCGCCGGGACUGCCCGGUGCCGCUCCCCGGGGACGGAGACCUCCUCGUCCGGAACCGAUUUGUUGGUGUUAAUGCAUCUGACAUCAACUACUCAGCCGGCCGCUAUGACCCUUCAGUCAAGACCCCCUUUGACGCAGGGUUUGAAGGUGUGGGAGAGGUGGUGGCCUUGGGCCUCUCCGCCAGCGCCACGUACACAGUCGGCCAGGCGGUGGCCUACCUGGUACCUGGCUCUUUUGCUGAGUACACAGUGGUGCCUGCCAGUGUGGCCAUUCCUGUGCCGGCCGUGAAACCCGAGUAUCUCCCUCUCCUGAUAAGUGGUACCACGGCCUACAUCAGCCUGAAAGAGCUCGGAGAACUGUCGGAGGGGAGGAAAGUUCUGGUGACCGCAGCAGCUGGGGGGACCGGCCAGUUUGCCGUCCAGCUUGCCAAGAAGGCCAAGUGCCACGUCAUUGGAACUUGCUCUUCGGAUGAAAAGUCUGCUUUUCUGAAGUCCCUUGGCUGUGACCGUCCCAUCAACUAUAAUGCAGAGCACGUGGGUGCUGUGCUGAAGCAGGAGUACCCCCACGGUGUGGACGUGGUGUAUGAAUCCGUCGGGGGAGCCAUGUUUGACUUGGCAGUGGACGCCUUGGCUACCAAAGGGCGCUUGAUGAUAAUUGGGUUUGUCUCUGGCUACCAAACUCCUACCGGCCUGUCGCCUGUGAAAGCAGGAACACUACCAGCCAAACUGCUGAAGAAAUCCGCCAGCGUCCAGGGCUUCUUCUUGAACCAUUACCUUUCGAAGCAUCGAGCCGCCAUGGACCACUUGCUUAAGAUGUAUGCAAGUGGAGAGCUCGUUUGUGAGGUGGACCUCGGAGAUCUGUCUGCAGAGGGCAGGUUUACCGGCCUGGAGUCUGUUUUCCGGGCCGUCGAUUAUAUGUACAUGAGAAAAAACACUGGAAAAAUUGUCGUUGAAUUACCUCACUCUGUCAACAGUAAGCUGUAAAAACAGAACAAUGGCAUAAAUAAAAGAAGAAAAACAAGACAUUUUAUGCCCCAGAAUUACUCAAAUCUAUUUUUAGUUGAUAACGGAGAUAAUAUUUUUUAAAACAAGAAUAAGUUUUAAUGACUAGCUUUCUCUUUAUUUCCUUUUUUCUUUUUUGCCCCUCCCUUGCAAAAAAAAAAAAAGUGCUAAUAAAACUUUUCUCAGUGGUACAG